UUGGACCUAGUGACCUUCAUUUGGUUGAGGGGAUCCAGAAAACAAUCAUGGACCUUGUAGAUGAGUUUAAAGAUGAUAUUUCUACCAUCCCACGAGUGUCACAGUCUAAUCAGAAAAGAGAAACCAUGAAAAAGCCAUCUAAAGUCAAAAUGGCCAUUGCUUUAGCCAAGAUCAACCGAGGAGCAUUAAUUCAAGGAUUGAACAGCAUAUCCAGAUCCUCCAAAUCAGUGGCCAAACUCCUGCAGCCUCGACUUGCUUGUAGACUUUUAGAGUUAAGGUGCAUAUCUCACCGCCUGCUGAGGGAAGUUAACGCACCAAAGCAACCCCUGUAUAACAUACAGAUCAGAAAGGGUUCUUUGUUUGAUAUCAUUUCCUUUCCAGCAAAGACUGCUUUAACUAGCAUAAUGUAUGCUUCAUACGCAGCACUAAUUUAUUUGACAGUCUGUGUUAAUGCUGUUCUGGAGAAGGUAAAGAAAAUUUUCCAAGAAGAAGAAUCCAUAAGGCAAAACAGAGAGGAGAGCAAACAUCUUAGAAAAUCCUUUUCUGAGCCUGCACUUUCUGAGCCUAUGUUUCCCGAUGGUGAAAUCAAAGUGAAAUCUUAUUGUUCAUUUCUGGAUCAGCCUGACAAUAUUUCAGAUUUUCCUGAUAAUAUGCUGAGUAAUAAGAUCCAGGUUUUACAUUCUGUGUUUGACCAAUCAACUGAAAUAAAUGAAUGAGCAAAUCUGUACAUAAAUAUCACUGAACAGCUUAAGAAUUAUCUAUGUAAUAACAUUUCAUCUGAUAAAACUAGGAAACUAGUUUUCAUAUACUGACUACUCUGCUUUUUAAAAGGGUGGGGAGGAACUAAUAAAAUGUCAUUCUGAAGUGUUUAUAUGGUAGAGAAAACAAAAUGAAUAUGACUAUAAUUAUUUUUUAAUGAACAUGAAAAUUUACCCUUUGGUGGGUUAGACUUUAUGCUGUGGUUUAUAAUAUAGAAGUAUGUACUGUAUAAUACAUUUAUGUUUUUAUUAAAGGCUUGUUUUGAGUAUCUUUCUAAUUAUUUUUCUGGGAAGGAAAA